UAAGCAAAAGUAUUUCCUUGGUCAGUUUUAAACAGACUUAAAAUAAAAUAAGUAGGUAUUAGAUUGUCUAGAUUACAAAACUUGCAUCGUCAGUCCAAAUUUUACUCAAUGUCAGUGUCACAUCAAUUCCGUUAAGUGAUAUAAGUCUUACAUCUACAACUACUUUAGCCCUUUUAAAUUUGAAGCAUAGGGUUGCUUUUGAUUAAAUUACUACGGAUCUCUAGAAACGUGAUAUCAUACGAUAACUCCGAUUAUCCCAGUGUUCAGUGUGUGAGACACGGCACUGUGUUCAGCUUGUAUUAAGGUUAUAAAAAAAUUAUAUAAUUUAGUGUGAAAAUGCGUGAAAUAGUGCAUGUGCAGGCUGGGCAGUGUGGAAACCAGAUAGGAUCUAAGUUCUGGGAGAUAAUCUCCGACGAGCAUGGAGUGGGCCCCGACGGCAUCUAUCAUGGCGAGAAUCCGAUGCAGCUGGAGAGAAUCGAUGUCUACUACAAUGAGGCGUCGGGCGGUAAAUACGUACCGCGAGCCGUCUUGGUCGAUCUCGAACCUGGGACCAUGGACUCCGUGAGGGGCGGACCCUACGGACAGCUCUUCAGGCCGGACAACUUCGUGUUCGGACAGAGCGGGGCUGGCAACAACUGGGCUAAGGGUCACUACACAGAGGGCGCUGAGCUCGUCGACUCCGUGAUGGAUGUCAUCCGCAAGGAGUCAGAAAACUGCGACUGCCUUCAAGGUUUCCAGCUGACACACUCUCUCGGCGGCGGCACAGGGUCUGGCAUGGGCACGUUGCUGCUGAGCAAGAUCCGUGAGGAGUUCCCCGACAGAAUCAUGAGCACAUUCAGCGUCGUGCCUUCGCCUAAAGUGAGCGAAGUAGUGCUAGAACCUUACAAUGCGACGCUCUCCGUGCACCAGCUCGUCGAGAACACAGACAUGACCUUCUGUAUAGACAACGAGGCUCUCUACAACAUCUGCUUCAGGACACUCCGGCUCACCAGCCCCAGUUACGGUGACCUCAACCAUCUCAUCUCGUUAACAAUGUCCGGCAUAACAACGUGCCUGCGUUUCCCCGGACAGCUGAACGCGGACCUGCGCAAGCUCGCCGUCAACAUGGUGCCGUUCCCCAGGCUACACUUCUUCAUGCCCGGUUUCGCGCCCCUCACAGCCAGGAAUUCCUUUGAUUACCGCGCUCAAAACGUAGCUGAACUUAUGACCCAAAUGUUCAACCCGGGCAACAUGAUGACGGCGUGCGACCCCCGCCACGGGCGGUACCUCACCGUCGCCACCAUGUUCAGGGGCCGCAUGAGCAUGAGGGAGGUGGACAAUCAGAUAAUGGCCAUACAGAACAAGAAUUCCAGCUACUUUGUGGAAUGGAUCCCCAACAACCUGAAGGUGUCGGUCUGCGACGUGCCGCCUCGGGGCCUGAAGAUGUCGGCCACCUUCGUGGGGAACUCCACCGCCAUCCAGGAGAUAUUCAAACGCAUAUCGGAGCAGUUCACCGCCAUGUUUAGACGCAAGGCUUUCCUCCACUGGUACACGGGAGAGGGCAUGGACGAGAUGGAGUUCACGGAGGCCGAGAGCAACAUGAACGACCUCAUCUCCGAGUACCAGCAGUACCAGGAAGCUCCGGUGGACGACGAGGAUGCCGAAUUUGACGAAGAGGACGAGUUAGAGCAAGAAUACCCGCAGGAAAGAGACAGAGAGGGUGUUCAUGUCGCUCUCUAAGCUUUUUAAUCACAGAUACUAAAAAGACAUUUUGCUUGCCCAAUCUAAAGUAAGGACGCUAGCACGAGAAAUUUUGGACUUGACCCGCCUGUUCCUAUCUCUAUCGCACGCGCAUAUUCCUGUCCCACUCGCACAUGGGCAGGACCAGCAAUAUGACACAGGGAACAGGCGGGUCCUUACUAAACGUCUAAAUAAGUUAACUCUGCACAACUGAUGUUACGAAGUAUGGAUAUGUCACUGUACCUAAAGGUCAUAUUUUAUAGGAAUUCGAAAUCGUGGCACUGCCAAACUUUGUUACUGCAAAGUAUGCAUAAUUAGCUUAGUCAGACUACUCUUUUUUUAAAUGGCUUACAUCAAAUGUAUGACGUCGCUAAUGUCAAAAAGUGUGCUCAUAGAAUAUUACGUCGUACUCGUUGGAGCUGCAGCGAUAACUGACACCCUGCAUAGAAACUUGUUUGCAGGGGGGUUCAGUUAUCUGCAGCUUACUGUACAACGUUUUUUCUUGCUAAUAAUGUAUAAUUAAUUUUUGUUUAUAUUGUCUACAUCUAUCUGACUAGCAAAGGCUGCCAGUUCUCUAAUAUAAUUAUAAUAACAUGACGUUCGGUAGUUGCUUUUAGUAAAAUGACUGACUAAAGAAUGGUUAACCCUUUGGCCGCCAAAGACGUCAACUGACGCGCGCUGAAGACCAAUAUCAACCUUCGUGUAUUAUAGUUUGAAUUAUCUCAGAUGUUUUCGGGCUCGGGUCCUAAUUUGUUAAACAAAAGGUAUUGUUUCCUUUAUGCAGUGGUUACACUGCUUACUGCUAAUAGCCCCGACAUAAGUAACGGAAACAAGUCCGUUUAAAAAGCAAAUUUACCAUCCUAUUUAUAUGGUUCAAAUUCAUGAAACAGCCCAUUCGGAGAUAACACGUUUUGUUAUCCCCAAAGAAAAAAAACCACUGAUUGUUCGAAUGAGCUGUCACACAAAUUUGAACCUUAAUAUUAUCGCGAUAGUUGCUUUUUAAGUCAUGGUUGCUUUGGCACGUGCUGGAGACCGCUCUUAAAAGAAACAAAGGCUUUUGUUUAAGGUCGUUCCAUCGGUUUGUCGCUGUCACUGUCACAUUUCGCAAGAAGGAACGGGAAAGAUCAUGCGCGCCAAGUGUCAAUUUUGAUCGAAUUUUGUCGAUUUUUAUUUAUUUUAAAAACGUUACCUUACAAUAUCGAAAUUCUAAAGCUAUGAAAUUACUAUUUUAGUUAAGAUUGUUUUUUCUUCUUUUUUGUUUAUAGUAUCACAUAAUAAAUAACCGAGUAAAAUUUGAUUAAAAGUCCGAGUUAGAGGUUACUCUGAGAAUUAAUUGUAUCGAGCGAAGUAUAUAAUUCGUGUAUUGGAAGCUAUGUUAUUAAAGAUAAUAUAGUCAAGAACUACAUAUAUUUUUUCCACGUCUACGAAUAUCAACGCACUCUUAGAAAAACAUGAUCAUAUAAGGAGAUUUUUCGCCUUCUGGCUCAGGGAACCGGCUUAACAGAUCCCGAGCCCGAAAAAAUCAUCUGAGAUAAUUCAUACUAUACGACAAAAUUCACAAUGACGCACGAUGGCUUUCAAUGGGUUAAACGCGUUUCAAGACUUCAUUAGCUGCACACUUCCACGAUAGUUCACUGCAUAAUAAGAUUAAUAAGCUAUCAAUAUUACACUUUAAAUAACAUUAACCUUUUCGACGCCGUGUCAAACACAAAAGCUGUCAUCCAGACGCCACGUCACCGAAGUGUCAAAAGUGAAAUUGAACUUUAUGCAUAUGCAUGUAGGUCUAUGUUGCUCUGUGGUCUAUGACCGAUUUAUCGGUCUUUGGCGUUGAACCUACGGUACGUAAUAGCGGUCAUUAGCGUCCAAAAGGUUAGUGAGAGAAAACAAAGAUUUUCGAGACUACUUCGCCAUUUAGAAAAUCAAUCAGAAUUCCUCUCAAUCAUGCUAAAAUGACAGGUUGGACAGAAACUGUCAUUUUAGUAUCUGGUAGAUAUAUAAGAACAAAGUAUAGUUUUUGUAACAAUUUUUUUAUACCGUAAAGCUGGGUUACUUUAACCCAAUAGAGGGUGUUUGCCCCAGAUAAAACAACACUGACGGAUAGCCAAAACCGGCUACACGAUGUAGAUAAUAUGCCAUAAUUUUAGUGCCAUAAUUUUUUUUCGUGCAUUUUUUUGUAGUUGUGGCAAUACAUUUUUUUUAAGUGCAAUAAAUUAUUUCUAACUCGCGACCCGCCCCGGCUUCGCACGGGUGCAAUGCUGAUGUAUUAUACAUACAAACCUUCCUCUUGAAUCACUCUAUCUAUUUAAAAAAAACACAUCAAAAUCCGUUGCGUAGUUUUAAAGAUCUAAGCAUACAUAGGGACAGACAUACAGCAGGAAGCGACUUUGUUUUAUACUACGUAGUGAUGGCCAA